AUGGCGUUACAUUCGGAACAAGAUUCGACGGAUGAUUACCUUUUCAAGAUUGUUUUACUUGGUGACUCGGGUGUUGGAAAGUCAAACUUGCUUGCAAGAUAUGCAAGGAACGAGUUUUUUGCAAACUCAAAGUCAACAAUAGGAGUUGAAUUUCAAACUCAAAAGAUGGAAAUUAAUGGGAAAGAAGUGAAAGCACAAAUAUGGGAUACAGCUGGUCAAGAACGUUUUAGGGCGGUUACAUCUGCGUAUUAUAGAGGCGCGGUUGGUGCUCUUUUGGUGUAUGACAUCACCAGACGCCAGACGUUUGAUAGCAUUUCUAGAUGGCUUCACGAACUUCAUACACAUUGUGAUAUGAAUGUAAUUACAAUUCUUGUUGGCAACAAAAAGGAUCUCAAAGACGCCAGAGAAGUUUCAACAGCCGAUGGGAAGUCAUUAGCAGAAACCGAAAGUUUAUUUUUCAUGGAAACAUCGGCUCUUGAUUCCUCGAAUGUAAAUGCUGCUUUUGAGACAAUUGUUAAAGAGAUUUACAAUAUAUUAAGCAAGAAAGUAAUGCAGUCUCAAGAAUUGAAGACAGAUUCUUCAAUUGGCAGUGGAAAAGGGAAGACUAUUGUUUUAGAGACGAAUAAAGAUGCAAACAAAGAAGAGAAGAAAGAGGAGGAGGCUAAAAAGGGUGGUGGUGGUGGUUGGUGUUGUUCGUCUUAG